AUGUAUAGAAUUCUUAAAGUGAGUUCAUUCUCUUACAACAACUAUCAGGCUUUCCAUCCCAACUUGUCAUUUCUUCAUGCUAAUAACUUAAAGUGUACCCUCUGCAAUAAAAUUGGAAGACAUCAGAUAAUCGGAGGAAAUGUUUUUGAAUGCACCACAACUCAUUAUUCCACGAGUGUUUCUACCAACCCUUCAGAAAGUAGUCCAAAAACAAGGAAGAAAAACUUGAAAAGGAGCAAAUAUAUUGAACUCUUAGAAGUAUCUAAAAAUAGAACCAGUGAAAGAAGAGCAAGGGUAAAAACUCUUAAUGCUCGUAGUUGGUCCAAAUUGCAUAAAUUAGAAGAUAUCAUUAACCAACAACCUUCAAUCGAAACCAUCCCUGAAGUUGAACAUGACUUUGAUGGAAAAACAAUUGAAAUAUUUGAAAAUCAAGAAUCCGUGGAGACCCUCACAGAAUUGCAAAAUGAGCCUAAGAAAGAGAUUAAGGGCUCAGUUUACGCAAGGCUUUCAAAAAAGAACAAAGAAAAGCUGACAAGAUCAAAAUCGCUGAAUCUAGACAGUUCUGGCAAAGAAAAAAGUUUUAACUCGUCUCUAGUCAGCUAUGUAGAACUUUGUAUGAACUGCGGUUUCUUAAACAGGGGAUGGUAUACUGUUCUGUACUACUUGAAGAAUAAUAAGAAAUUCGUCAUCAAAGAUGAAAGAGUGUUCAACAUUUUAAUGGAAUGCUGUGCUAAAAAUGGAAAUAUUGACAGAUUGAUGGAAAUUUGGAAAACAAUGGUUGAAACUGCCAAUAUCAAGCCAUCUGCAGUAUCAUUUGCCAGAAGAUUUGAAACAAUUGUAAGGAGUAAAAAGAAGGAUAAAGCUCAACUUCUGGCAUCGACUAUGAGGUUGAUGCGUGACGAAGGAAUAUCAUGUAAUGAAAUUUUUGAACAAACCAAAUGGAAACUAGAUUCUAGAGAAUUAGUUCUUAGUGCUAUAAGAGCUGUUCAACCUCAGUUCAUACCUUCAGUCAAGAUGCCUGACACAAAAUACAACUGUGCUCUUGUCAAUCUUCUCAACAACAAUCCUAAAAAAAUUGUUUCACCUGCUGAAUCCAUGUUUUCUGUUAGCGAACUCAAUAAUUUAUUUAAGGAACAAUUAGAAAUGGAAAAAAAGACCUUUGUAAAAGUUCAGUCAAUCGAAAAAUCCCGGCUGGAGAAAGACACUCAGUAUUGUAGGAAUGCUUUAGAACAGUUAGAGAAGGAAUGGGAGAAAGCAAUAUCUGCCGGAUUCCAUAAGGAUCUCGUUAACAUGUCUAACCUUCAGCAGAGAUUACACAGGUCCCAAUGUCCGAUUAACAUUUAUCCUUAUCUAACAGUUUUAGACCAGGCGGAUUAUGUUGAAAUUAUUAAACAAGAAGUGCGUAAGUUAGCAUCAGGGUCUGAAACGUACAGCUCUUCAGUGCCUCGUCUUUGUCGAUCUUUAGGAAAGAUGGUUAAAAUAAGGUAUGAUAUUAAAUGCAAGACCUCAAAUGGAGUUCUCCAAAAGUUAGAAAAAGUAUUUGAUUCUUAUUCCAAAUGGUAUCUAACUCCUAAUGCAAUAAGAUAUGGCUAUAAUCCCCGCCAUACAUGGCAACUUUUAAAGAAUCAAUAUUGUAAAGGACCAUCUUUGGAAAUUGAUUCAGAACCCUGGUCUAUGUUGACUCUGGUUUCUAUUGGGAAAUUCCUGUACAAUAUUAUAUUGAGAGAUAUUAAAAUAGAUAUUAACAUUUUGAAACACAAUAGUAAGAAUAAGCACUACCUCCCAGCGUUUUAUACUUUAUUUCGUCACGAAUCCCACCUUUGCCUUGAGGAAGUCAAACCACAUCCCAUCCUGUCACGCCUUUACAAGGGAGCUUGUUCUCCAUAUCUGUAUUUUUCAGUUACCGAUCUGCCAAUGUUGUCGCCACCAUUGCCAUGGAAUGAACCAUCAUCUGGUGGCUACCUCAUAGCUCGGUCUUCACUGAUUAGACUACCUGAAUCAGCAAUCUUACAACGGGAGAGGCUGAAAGAUAGACCAGCAAACUUGCUCUAUCCGUGUUUAGAUUCUCUGAAUCAGCUGGGAUCAAUACCAUGGAAAGUAAAUAAGUCCGUGCUCGACAUUGUCAUAAAGCUAUUUAAAUCCGGUGGUCAUGAAAAGCUUGGUGUUCCUUGUAUGCCACCUGCUAUAACUCAGUCGGAUUUACCUAAAGCUGCUACAAAAGAAGAGAAGUUUGAGGCCUUCAGGGCCAGGAUGUUGGCCAAGAGGAGAAGAGCGGAAAUGUAUUCUUUGUGGUGUGAUGCCUUGUACAGGUUAUCAUUAGCUAAUCAUUUCAGGGAUCGGAUAUUUUGGUUACCACAUAAUAUGGAUUUUCGAGGCAGAGUUUAUCCAUGCCCACCUCAUUUGAAUCAUUUAGGGUCUGAUCUUUAUAGGUCCCUUUUGGUGUUUGCACAACCUAGGCCAUUGGGUCCUGAAGGUUUGAACUGGUUAAAGAUCCAUGCUAUAAAUUUAACUGGUUUAAAAAAAAAAGAAUCUAUAAGCAGUAGAUUAGAUUAUGCCAAUGAAAUUCUUCCUACAAUUCUCGAUUCUGCUAAUGAACCAUUUAAGAAGGGAGCUUGGUGGAUGGAGAGCGAGAAGCCUUGGCAAACAUUAGCUACCUGUAUUGAAAUACGCAAUGCUUUGGACCAUAAUGGAGCUCCCGAAACAUACCUGUGCUCUUUCCCAGUCCACCAGGAUGGCUCAUGCAAUGGUCUCCAGCAUUAUGCUGCUCUUGGGAGGGAUAGUUCUGGUGCUGAAUCUGUUAAUCUCUCUCCAUUUGAUGUACCACAGGAUGUUUAUUCGUGUGUUGCAGCUAUUGUUGACAGAGAAAGAGCGAAGGAUGCUCAAAAUGGAAUAGAAAUCGCCAAACAUCUUGAUGGAUUCAUUCGAAGAAAGGUAAUCAAGCAGACUGUGAUGACUACAGUAUACGGAGUUACACGUUUUGGCGCAAGAUUACAAAUUGCAAAACAGUUGAAGGAUCUUGAAGAUUUUCCAAAAGAACAUGUCUGGCAGGGAUCUCAUUAUUUAGUUCAUAAAACUUUCUACAGUAUUGCAGAGAUGUUCACUUCCACGAGAGAAAUUCAAGAUUGGUUCACUGAAUCGGCUCGACUGAUAGCUGGAAUAAGAGGUGAAAAUGUGGAGUAUGUUACACCAUUGGGGCUGCCCGUCGUACAACCUUAUAGCAAAAGUGUAACUCAAACCAAUCCAGCAGCUGCCGCCUGCUCAGGAGUGGUUUCUCAUAAUGUAAAAUUUGACAAGUUUGAAAGGCCUAAUGUCGUUAAACAAAAGAAUGCAUUUCCACCAAACUUCAUUCAUUCCUUGGAUUCUACUCACAUGAUGCUGACUUCAUUACAUUGUCAAAGAGCUGGGAUCACUUUUGUAUCUGUGCAUGACUGUUUUUGGACUCAUCCAGAUACUGUUCAUAUAAUGAAUAAAAUUUGUCGAGAACAGUUCGUUUCAUUACAUUCACAACCCAUUCUUCAGGAACUUUCUGAAUUCCUUAUAUCAAAGUAUGGAUUCGAUUAUGAAAGCAUUGACCAUGAAUCACAUCCAGAAGUAGUUGUGAAAGCAAUAAAAAAACUUAAUUCUGUACUUCGUGCAGUUCCAUCUACUGGAGACUUUCAGCUGGAGAAAGUACUCGAUUCUGUAUAUUUUUUUAGUUGA